AUGGUUCGUCACGAAGUGUGUCGCCGGAGCCACUUUCGCUUCUUGAAGUGCUGUAUCAACGAGAACAUGGCUUUCCAGUCUUCGAAAGUGACCCGUAUUGCUGUUGCAGCCAUUACGCCUCCUCAGUAUUUCUCCCAACACACUGCAGUGAUUCGGCUUUACAUGCCGAUCAGUUACGUUUGCUCUCAGAAUCCAGCAAUCUUAGAUGGAAAUCGCAACGGCACCUGCAUCACUGAUAUCACUCGACGUGAUUCGUUUCGCAGUCGGACUUAUUCGGUGUCUCCCGAACGAGCGCUCUCACUCCCUCGAGAAGCAACACCUCAUUAUGUCAGAUAUCUGAAAGAGCAGAAUGAGUUGGGCAAGUUGCCAGCAAGGUUAUUGUUUUAA